CGAACCCACUCUCUCUCCCCACGAUGGCAAAAAUGGCGAUGGCGUCCUCCCGCCUCCCGGCUCUCCUCUGCCUCGCCGCCGUCGCCGUCGCCGUCGCGGCGGAGGCCGCCGCCGCCGCCGGAGAAGGCGGCCUCCGCCUGCCCCGCGACGCCACGUUCCCGGCGGCGCAGGCGGAGCGGCUCAUCCGCGCGCUCAACCUCCUGCCUAAGGAGAAGGAGGCGGGGCCGGCCGCGGGCGGCGGCGACGGGCCCAGCGUGGCGCCCGGGGAGCUCCUAGAGCGUCGCGUCCGGCUGCCCGGCGCGCCCGCCGGCGUCGGGGACCUCGGCCACCACGCCGGAUACUUCCGCCUGCCGCACACGCACGACGCCAGAAUGUUCUACUUCUUCUUCGAAUCGAGGGGCAAGAAGAAGGAGGACGACCCCGUCGUGAUCUGGCUCACCGGAGGGCCCGGCUGCAGCAGCGAGCUGGCCGUCUUCUACGAGAAUGGGCCCUUCACCAUUGCCAACAACAUGUCGCUUGUCUGGAACAAAUUCGGUUGGGACACGAUCUCAAAUAUCAUAUUUGUUGAUCAGCCAACCGGAACUGGCUUUAGCUACAGCUCUGAUGAUCGUGAUACUCGUCAUGAUGAGAUUGGUGUCAGCAAUGACCUAUAUGACUUUCUCCAGGUGUUCUUUAAGAAGCACCCAGAAUUUGCAAAGAAUGACUUCUUUAUAACUGGAGAAUCUUAUGCUGGGCACUACAUUCCAGCAUUUGCAAGCAGAGUUCACCAAGGAAACAAAGCAAACGAGGGCAUUCAUAUAAACUUGAAGGGAUUUGCUAUCGGCAACGGUCUCACUGAUCCAGAAAUCCAAUACAAAGCCUACACAGACUAUGCGCUGGAAAUGAAUCUUAUCACAAAAUCCGACUACGAAAGGAUCAAUAGGUUCAUUCCACCAUGUGAAUUUGCAAUUAAGAUGUGUGGUACUGACGGGAAAGCAUCAUGCAUGGCAGCUUAUAUGGUCUGCAACAACAUUUUUAACUCCAUCAUGAAGCUUGUCGGGACAAAGAACUACUAUGACGUGAGGAAGGAAUGCGAGGGGAAGCUUUGCUAUGACUUCUCAAACCUGGAGAGGUUCUUCGGUGACAAAGCGGUCAAGGAGGCGCUUGGAGUCGGUGACAUCGAUUUCGUCUCUUGCAGCACUACGGUUUAUGAAGCGAUGCUCACGGACUGGAUGAGGAAUCUGGAAGUCGGCAUCCCGGCGCUGCUUGAGGAUGGGAUUAACGUGCUUAUAUACGCUGGGGAGUAUGACCUUAUAUGCAAUUGGCUGGGAAACUCGAGAUGGGUGCACUCGAUGGAAUGGUCUGGCCAGAAAGACUUCGUAUCCUCCUGUGACUCACCGUUUGUAGUAGACGGUGCAGAAGCUGGAGUCUUGAAGAGCCAUGGACCACUGAGCUUCCUCAAGGUCCACAAUGCGGGGCACAUGGUUCCGAUGGACCAGCCGAAAGCUGCCCUGGAGAUGCUGAGGAGAUUCACGCAAGGGAAACUGAAGCAGGAACCGCUCCCUGAGACGAUGGCCUUGAAGGCGGCGAUGUGACUGGCGUGGACGUCGUGAAGGGAAGAAGGGAGUCUCUUAAUUACUAGGUGGUCCGAGGUGUCGUUCAAGCGAGCGUGUGUCGAUCACUGAGCUGCUGAAGCUUGUUGUUUCCAUUGGCUCAUGGAUGGAUGCUGUUGAUAAGAAGUUCAAUGCUGGAAACCCUGUCUGUCUGCUGCUCUUGUAAAGCAUCUCAUGUAUACACCCCCUGGAUCCAGAAAGAGAAAUAAUAUGUUUUUUUCCUUA